AUGGCUGAUGAGAAACCGAAGGAAGGAGUGAAGACUGAAACUAGCGAACAUAUCAACCUGAAGGUGGCAGGCCAAGAUGGAUCGGUCGUGCAGUUCAAGAUUAAAAGACACACGGCGCUCAGCAAACUUAUGAAAGCCUACUGCGAUAGACAGGGACUGUCCAUGAGGCAAAUCCGGUUUAGAUUUGACGGACAACCAAUAAAUGAGAAUGACACACCAUCACAAUUGGAAAUGGAAGAUGAAGACACGAUUGACGUGUUUCAACAACAGACAGGAGGAGUGAUUUAA